UGCGGGGACAGCCAGGCGGCCGCGUCGGCAGCGACGCCCGGGGAAGCCCGCGCCCCGCCUGCGCCUCCGAGGCGCGCCCGGGAGCGGGAGCAGCCCCGCCGCCCGGGGAGGCAGAGGCGAGCGCUGGGCGCCGGGAGCCGCCGGUGGGCGGGCGGCAGAGAGCCGGGCAGCGGCCCGAACGCGGGGACGCGGUCGGAGGCAGCCGCAGAGAGAGCCGGGGCCGGAGGAGGGCGCCGGGCGCGGGCAUCCUGCGCCGCGGCAGCGGAGGCGGCUUCGUGGGAGACAAAAGCCCGCCGGAGAGACGCGAUGCCCGGCCCGCGCGGGCGCGGGGACCGCGGCGUCUGAGCGCCCCAAGAGGUGCGCCCCAGGGACGCCGAGGCCGGGCGGGUGCCCGAGGCCGAGCGCGACAGGGGCGGCCCAGGUGCGCCCGGCCGCGUCGGGCCCGUCACUGCUCGGGGGGCGGCGCCCUCCCGUCGCAGCCGCAGUGGCCGGCGCCGCAGCGAGGAGCCAUGGGCAACAUCUCCUCCAACAUCUCGGCCUUCCAGUCCCUGCACAUCGUCAUGCUGGGCUUGGACUCGGCCGGCAAGACCACGGUACUCUACCGGCUCAAGUUCAACGAGUUCGUGAACACGGUGCCCACCAUCGGCUUCAACACGGAGAAGAUCAAGCUGAGCAACGGCACGGCCAAGGGCAUCAGCUGCCACUUCUGGGACGUGGGCGGCCAGGAGAAGCUGCGGCCGCUGUGGAAGUCCUACAGCCGCUGCACGGACGGCAUCAUCUACGUGGUGGACUCAGUGGACGUGGACAGGCUGGAGGAGGCCAAGACGGAGCUGCACAAGGUGACCAAGUUCGCCGAGAACCAAGGCACGCCGCUGCUGGUCAUCGCCAACAAGCAGGACCUCCCCAAAUCUCUGCCGGUGGCCGAAAUCGAGAAGCAGCUGGCGCUGCACGAGCUCAUCCCGGCCACCACCUACCACGUCCAGCCGGCGUGCGCCAUCAUCGGCGAGGGCCUCACCGAGGGCAUGGACAAGCUCUAUGAGAUGAUCCUGAAACGCAGGAAGUCCCUCAAGCAGAAGAAGAAGCGGUAAUGCGGCCGGCCGCGGUGGGGAGCGAGCGGGGAGCGAGCCGGGAGCGAGCGAGCGAGUCAGGGAUGGAUGGAUGGAUGGAUGGGUGGGUGGAUGAAGGAGAAUCUGCGCCCGCGAACAAAGACAUAGAACCAAAGCAAUGCUUCGACUUUUUAAAACGGAAUCUGUGCGCCCAGACGCAGGACUAGUGACUUAACCUGGGUGUGUACGCUGACUUGCCAGCCUGCCCUCGAUCCACCCCCACCCCCAGCUCAGGGGACCUUUUGUCUGGAUGCCAGAGCUACUAAUGGGUGGGUGGGUGGGGGGGCGCUGGGGAGUGGACGUGCCUGGCUUGCUGUCCGCCCUCCUGGCCCAGGUGGAUGGCUCAGAUGUCAGAGACAAAAGAGAUUUCUUCCUCCAGGAGGGCCAGAAGUUCAGGCUGCCCCGCCCUCCCUGGGGGCUCCCACCUGUGAGUUACCGGAGGUCUGCGGUUCCCAGAACCCUGGGAGUACACGUUUGGAGGCAUGCUGGCAGUGGGAGGUCCUGGGGGGGGGGGUACCGCUGCCCCUUGCAUUCAUGGGCUCUGGAAGGGGGAUGAUUUUAUGUCACAGGGCAGGCCCCUGUUGAAAUUUCAUUUGUCCUGCUCUGGGCCCAAACGAGGUGGUGGUUUGGGCCAUGACAGGACUGCCUGGAACAAUACAGCAGCCCAGAGCACGGGCACUGCGCUGGCCUUGGCUGGGGAAUGGCCACGAAGAUGCCCCUUUUCUGGUGCUUUUUGGUGGCUACGGAAGACCAGUUCUGGUGAGAACUGCUUUUCAGCCUGGAAUCAGACAUCUUCCAGAUGGUUUGGACCCUGUCCAUGUGUAGGUCAUUAUCACACAAAGAGACCAAUAAAAAUUAAAAAAAAAAAAAAAACUGUUGGAGGUGGUGGCCAAUGAUGUAUUUACUGUUUGCAGGAUAGUUAAAGGUGUUUAAAGGGUAAGGCUCUUGGCGUAAAUGCUGGAUGGGGUGUGUGUGUAGAUACAGGGACCUCCCUCUGUACUGUGUAAUCGGCAUAAAUACCUAGACCCCUAUGUGUGGAAUCUUAAAAUCUCUUAGCCUAUUGAUUGGUUUGUGUAAGCAAGCACACCAGCUACAGAUGUGUGCUGAAAUGCAAGAUGGUUUUUGCAAAGGACGCCUCUUCUAAUACUAACCGCCUGAUGAUGGGUUUUUGGUUUUCAGACAUAUUUUUAAAAAAAUUCUACAAAUGAAUACUCACCUUGGAAAUAUUCACUUUAGGGAGAAAAAAAAAAAGACUUUGCCCUUUUAGAUCCCUUUACGCUGCAAGUGGCGACAUGUUCAAAUUUCUAAUUUGGUUCAUUGUGGCCUAUCUGGUUUAAGUAUUUCAUUAAAAAUGUCUCGUUAGAGUAUUUGAUGUCAUGCACCAAAAAAUAAAACCCCACCUUGUUGCAAAAGCC